UGUUGUCAGAGAAUUGAACUGGGUUGAACUUGAUUUUCAACAAGAAUUGUUUUUCUGUGGAUCUUUCUCUUUUCAAUAAAAAUGGCCAGCAGUGCGCUGGUUGCAUCGUUCUCUUUUGCUUUCUUACGUAAGGCUACAGGUUACAUGUCGAGAUUUUUGCGUAUUGAGAUGAAACCAUUGAAUGUAUUGGUUACUGGUGCUGCAGGGAAAAUAGGCAAUGCUCUUGUUCCAAUGAUUGCAAGGGGGCUUAUGCUUGGCGCCGAUCAGCCUGUAAUUCUACACAUGCUCGACACUGAUGAUAAAGCGUUGGAAGAAUUCAAAAAGGAAUUGAUUGAUGCUGCCUUCCCCCUUCUCUUUGAGGUUCAUACUUUUUCAACAGGUGUUGUUGCUACUACCGUUCCUGAAGAAGAUUACAGAGGUGUCGAUGUUGCUGUCAUGAUAGACGUAGAAAGUGAAUCAACCUCUAAGGAUCAAGCUUCGGCAUCAGCGAAACAUGCUGAUAAAAACUGCAAAGUGGGAGGCUCUGUCAAUUGCUUGGAUAAAAAUUCCUUUUGCGAAACCUUUAAGGCGCAAGCUUCGGCAUUACUGAAACAUGCUGAUGAAAACUGCAAAGUACUGGUGGUUGCGGAUCCAGCAAAAGCGAAGAAAAACCUGCGUGAAAUAUUUGCAGGGCAGAAAAACAUCCAGCCGAAAAACAUUACAUAUCUUACCCGACUAGAACACAACAGAGCAUUAGGCCGGAUCUCACAGAUGGCAGGAGUUCGUGUUAGUGAUGUGAAGAAUGUUAUCAUAAGGGAAAAGGACAAAUCAACUCUGAAUGUUGACGUCGAUCAUGCAAUUGUCACCACAAGUAAUGGAGGGAAAAGUGUUAGAGAAUUUUUUGGGAAUGAUAAGUGGUUAUCUGAGCUCCAUAUCAAUAGCAGGACUAGGAAGCAAUCAAGUGCAUUAUGGACUGCAAGUUCUGCUUGUGAUCAUGUCCGUGAUUGGCUUCUUGGAACUCCUGAGGGAACAUGGGUUUCAAUGGGCGUCUACUAUGCUGGGUCUUAUGGCUCGUUUCCUGUUACAUGUGAUGGGAAUGGAAAAUGGUUUAUUACGGAGUUUGAUGAAACUACAAAGAAGCCCAUCAUGGACAAGAAGAAGAAGAAAGCGUUGGAACUUUCAUGAUGAUAUGAUGAUGUGACUGUUUGUGUGUUUUAGUGUAUCUUGUUUCUUGACUUUGUGUUUUGUUGGAAUAAUUGACAGAAGACUGUUAUUUUAAUAGUCAAAUAAUGUCGAAAAUAAUGAGUGAUUUGGCAUGUCAUGGCAGCCUACAGUUGAGUUCGUUUGUUUCUGGAUGGAAAAAAGUGUGAAUUCUGGAAAAGCCUCAAUAUUGACUUUGGAUUUGAAUA